ACUUGCUUCAUUUCGUCUAUGGAUAACUGGUCUAUCGGAUUUAGUUCUUGUUGAUACUUACUGAGAUCUGCGAUUUUUAAGGCGUAUUUCUAUACAGUUAAUUAUGUUUUUGGUCGGAUUUGGUUAGUUUUUUGCUACUGUUAUUUUAUUAUGAUGCUUCAAUCUGGAAUGAGCAAGAGAUUGGUUUCUGCAUUCUCUUUGGCAGUGUUACAGUAUGAUGAUGUGAAUGGUUGUUUCGUGGCUUGAGCUGUGAUAUAGAAAACGAAGAAAUUAUAGUUCAAAGGAAGUUAACUCGUCUAUGAGAAGAAAGUAAUAUUUUUUGAUAAGAAGUUAGAAGGGAAGAAGAAGGGAAAUUCGGAAGUGUUUGACAAACACACUCGAAUACCUUCUAGCAACUCUGAAUAAGAUAGAGUUUUAACUACUUGUAUACUGACUCUAAUAAUGCUGUUGUGUGUGCUUCAAGCCUUCUUUGAAACACCUAAAAUCUUGAAAAUCUCUUAAACUUAAAACUAUAAAUUGUCACAAAAACACUUUUAGCUGUGUAUAAAACGUUCCAUAUGUGUGUUAGGAUUCCUAAAACCAGAUGACUUUGUUUCUAUUGUUGUCUUAAACAGUUGACCUUAGCUUGCUACCUUGGACAUGGUAUUCACAUGUAUACCCUGCAAUGUCCAUUGCGGCCAUCACUCUCUUCAUUUCCUAUUGAAGGACUGUUGCUAAAUGAUCACAAAUCAUGUGUACCCUCAGGGAUUACCGUAAUAAUAAAGUCUCACUUUUUGAUGGCAUUGAGGAGGGUGGCAUUAGAGCCUCUUCUUCUUACUCCCAUGAAAUUGACGAGCAUGAUAAUGAACGAGCUUUGGAAGGACUGCAAGAUAGGGUCAAUCUUAUUAAGAGACUUUCAGGGGAUAUAAACGAGGAGGUGGAAACCCACAACCGAAUGUUGGAUCGAAUGGGUAAUGAUAUGGAUUCGUCAAGAGGAAUCUUGUCAGGGACCAUGGAUAAGUUUAAAAUGGUGUUUGAGACGAAAUCAAGCCGGAGAAUGUUUACCCUCAUCGCAUCAUUUCUGGUCAUUUUCUUAAUUGUAUAUUAUCUCACUAGGUGAACAAUUCAUGAUGUAUUUGAUACAACUGGCACCUUUAUGUUAGAACUGAGAUGACCUUUUUACUGUAAUCAGUGUUACCGUUGCUCUAAAGGAAUUGUGGUGUGGUUGUAUAAAGAUAUUUAUUCUAUAAAACAUUUUAGUCCUUCA